AUGAGGAAGGAACAAACUGCUGAUAAAAAGGCACCGUAUUUGUUCUCUCAAUGCCAAGCUAUCCAUGCACGAUCAAUUGUUCCCUGUAUGGACACGCCUUCCGUGAAAUCGACCUACGAAGCUCAGGUGACAGUACCAGCUGGGCUCACUUGCCUGAUGAGCGCGAUUGGCGAAGGAUCUAAGGGUGACGACGAGCACACCACAUUCUUCUUCAAACAACCCGUCGCCAUUCCCUCUUACUUGAUUGCCAUCGUUGUUGGGGUGCUGGAAAAACGUGACAUCAGUGAAAGGGUCGCCGUGUGGGCUGAGCCAUCCGUCGUGGACAAAGCACACUGGGAAUUUGCGGAAACUGAGGAUAUACUCGCUUGUGCUGAGGAUAUCUGCGGCAAGUACAUCUGGGGAAGGUAUGAUAUGGUUUGUCUACCACCAUCGUUUCCUUUUGGUGGAAUGGAGAACCCGUGUCUCACUUUUCUCACACCAACUCUUAUCGUGAGUGGUUUCAGUAGU